GAGCUCCAAACUGCGGCCGACUGUCAAGCAUCUAGAGUGAGCGUAGUGAGCCGGGGCCUGGCUCCAGGGCUUCCCUUGUGCUCCCAUGCGGAAAGGGCCCCCGAGGGAGUUGAUGCCAGCUGAGACUGAAAAACAAGGGACUCAAAUCUAAUUUCCAUCAUGGCGGCAGAAAGCCUGGAGACAGAUGGUCCCAGAUCCUCCAUGCCUGCUGAGCUGCACCAUCCCCACUCUAAGUUUUCUCAGUGGAAGUUUAAGCUGUUUAGGGUGAAGUCCAUGGAGAAGGCCCCUCUUCCCAGCGAGACACGACCUCAGAUAAGACCCUCAUUUGAGAUCUCACCUCCUGUGGCUCAAAGUGUAGAUUUAGAUCAUGAUGUGGGUGCAGUGAGUGUUAUGAAACUGUGCUUUGGAGGAAAAAGCAAAGAAAAUGUGGAGGGUCCUGGCAGGAGAGUGGAUAUGAAGCUGCAGGAAAUGGACACUCACAUGAACCACCUUAGGUGCUUGUGCCGUAUCUGCGGAAUAGUUCUAAGGAAAGUGAAAGGACCAGUGCAUGAUGUCCAUGGAAAUCUGGACGAGGCAACCAAAUGUGCGCUGCGUAAAAUGGGCUGCAAGUUUACAAGUUGGACGGAGGUCAUUCUGAAUGUCUUCAAAGUGGAUGUGAACGAUGACGUAGAGUCUAUCCACCCACUGUCCUUCUGCCAUCGCUGCUGGAUGGUUGCAAUACGAGGAGGGGGCGUCUGCAGCUUCACCAGAACAAAAGUCCCUGAAUGGAAACCCCACUCUUCCAACUGCUCCCUCUGCUCUCCAAGGAAAACCUCAUUCCAAAGGACUGGCAGGAAACGGAGGAAAAGCAUUCCUAGAGCCCAGAGUCUUACAAAAAGGACCAGGUGGGACCAUGGGGACAGCAUCGCUCUCGGUGACAGGAGAAGUCUGAGACCAUACGGAGAGCGUCACGGUCCUGUACAGAGAACCUGGAGGAAAGCCGGCAUCCAGAGGGAGCAGUGGGUGAGGAACAUCACACAUUGCCAAAGAGAGCACCUGAGUACAAAGCUGAUCUCCGAGAAGCUCCCCGUCGACUUCAUUGCUUCUUUCACCUGUUGGGUGUGUGACCACCUGCUCUCUGAUCCAGUUCAGUCCCCUUGUGGCCACCUCUUUUGCCGCAACUGUAUUGUGAAAAUUACCCACGUUCUGGGUCCUCACUGCCCUGCCUGCAACUUUUCUUGUUCUCCCGAUGAACUCGUCUCUCCAGCCAAAACAUUUCUAUCAGCCCUGUAUUCCCUGCUCCUGCUCUGCCCCACUGAUGGUUGCGGUGAGCAUGUAAGGCUAGACUCAUUUAAGGCUCACUGCCUGAGCCAUGAGUUGGAGAAAAAUGAAAACCAACACCCUUCAGAUUUUGACAACUACCUGCUAACCAACAAAGGAGGAAGACCCCGGCAGCACUUGCUCUCGCUAACCCGUCGUGCCCAGAAGCAUCGGCUGAAGGGUCUGAAGAAACAGGUGAAGGUGUUUGCAGAAAAAGAGGAAGGCGGUGAUGUGAAGUCUGUGUGUUUGACGCUCUUUCUGCUCGCGCUGCGAUCAGCGAACGAACAUCGGCAGGCAGACGAGCUUGAGGCCAUAAUGCAAGGGAGAGGCUUUGGACUGAGUCCUGCUGUGUGUUUGGCAAUUCGGGUCAACACUUUCCUAAGCUGCAGCCAGUAUCAUAAAAUGUAUCGGACUGUCAAAGCCACAAGUGGCCGGCAGAUUUUUCAGCCCUUGCACACGCUCCGAGCCGCCGAGAAAGAGCUCCUCCCCGGCUUUCACCAGUUUGAAUGGCAGCCAGCUCUCAAGAAUGUGUCUACAUCUUGCACUGUUGGCAUUAUUAAUGGUCUCUCUGGAUGGGCAUACUCAGUGGAUGACUCCCCAGCUGAGACUAUCACUCGUCGCUUUCGCUAUGAUGUUGCGCUGGUGGCAGCAUUAAAGGAUCUGGAAGAGGACAUCAUGGACGGGCUGACACAGAAUGGGAUGGAAGACAGUGCUUGCACCUCAGGCUUUAACGUCAUGAUCAAGGAAUGUUGUGAUGGCAUGGGGGAUGUCAGCGAGAAGCAUGGCGGAGGACCAGCUGUUCCUGAGAAAGCCGUCCGCUUCUCUUUCACUGUUAUGUCUAUCUCUGCCCACGGAGAAGAUGACAAUGAAGCGGUCACAAUUUUCACUGAACCAAAGCCAAACUCAGAGCUGUCUUGUAAACCGCUAUGCCUGAUGUUUGUAGACGAGUCAGACCACGAGACUCUCACAGCUGUCCUGGGGCCUGUAGUCGCAGAGCGGAAUGCCAUGAAAGAGAGCCGCUUAAUCCUAUCCAUAGGAGGCUUGCCACGCUCCUUUCGCUUCCACUUCAGGGGUACAGGAUACGAUGAAAAGAUGGUGCGUGAGCUGGAGGGCCUGGAGGCCUCUGGGUCAACAUACGUCUGCACUCUGUGCGACUCCACCCGUGCGGAGGCUGCUCAAAACAUGGUGUUACAUUCCAUCACCCGCAGCCAUGAUGAGAAUCUAGAACGUUAUGAAAUAUGGAGAACCAACCCAUUUUCUGAGUCUGUGGAAGAGCUGCGAGACAGAGUCAAAGGAGUCUCCGCUAAGGCAUUCAUGGAGACGCAGCCCACGUUAGAUGCAUUACACUGCGACAUUGGCAAUGCUGGUGAAUUCUACAAAAUCUUCCAGGACGAGAUUGGCGAAGUGUACAAAAAGGCGAACCCAAGCCGUGAAGAGCGACGCAGCUGGAGGGCAGCCUUAGAUAAACAGCUGAGGAAGAAGAUGAAGCUUAAACCAGUGAUGAGGAUGAAUGGGAACUAUGCCCGCAGGCUAAUGACCCUGGAGGCUGUGGAGGUGGUGUGUGAGCUGGUGCCCUCAGAGGAGAGGAGAGAGGUCCUGAAAGAGCUUAUGAAACUCUAUCUCGAGAUGAAGCCUGUGUGGCGCACCACAUGCCCGGCCAAGGAGUGUCCCAAGCAGCUGUGCCGCUACAGUUUUAACUCCCAGCGCUUUGCUGACCUCCUCUCCUCUGCCUUCAAAUAUAGGUACAAUGGAAAGAUAACCAAUUACCUGCACAAGACUCUGGCUCAUGUGCCUGAAAUCAUAGAGAGAGAUGGAUCUAUUGGAGCCUGGGCCAGUGAGGGGAAUGAGUCAGCAAACAAACUGUUCAGGCGCUUCAGGAAGAUGAACGCACGUCAGUCAAAGGCCUUCGAGCUCGUGGACGUGCUGAAGCACCACUGGCUCUACACCUCCAAGUACUUACAGAAGUUCAUGGAGGCUCACAAGGACUCUGCCAAAGCUUUCCAGGCCACUAUCAACCCAGUAGAGAUCCUAGAGGAUGAGGAUAUGUCUCUGGAACCCAUUCAUUUUUAAUUUUUCCUUUUGCUUCCUUAACAUUUAAUUGAUUUCCAGAGGGUUAUCUGAUCUGACCGUUGCCUUUAUUCUUAUAUAUUGUAUUUUUA